AUGAACCUGCAUCCUCGCUACUUUCACAUCAUCCAGUCUCACCCUUCGCGACUGAAGGGUUCCUCCAUCACCUGGAUGCCUUACGUGAAGUCCACGGUCCACAUCUCGCGUAUCGCAGGCACCGCCCUCAAAACCUUCACCCACGGCUACGCCCAGACCGUCACCGCGCUCGCCGCGCAGAACCACAACUCCUCGACCCCCCUCGCGGACACCUUAGUUGGUCGCUUCCGCAAGACCGAGAAGAGCAAGGUCGGAAACGUCUAUCAGAAUGUCGAGUCCGCACGGCAGGCGAGCACAACAGCCGGCGCGUCUUCCGGCGCCAGGCCUGAGACGAGCAGUGGCCAGGACGCGGGCUUAGACAAGUACUUUGUCGCGUGGCAGAAGCACCAGCGACAGCCGACCAAGGAUUGGCAGCAGUUCCAGUUCGCGCGCACGAUCGAAUGGCAGCCUCCGAGUGUUGUGCCGGCGAAUGGCAAGGAGCAUACGGCGGCUGCUACGGCGGAGGAGGUGCACGACAAGAAGAACCAGGAUCUGGCUGCGCCGCUUCUGAAGCGCUCGUACACCACAAGCGCGCUGGACAACUUCGGGAAAGCAUUCAUCUAUGACGAGGCUGCGGAAGCUGCAGCGUUGGAGCAGGUCAAUGAUGCGAUUGCGGGGGAGAUUCAGAGGUCAAAGGACGAUGCUGAGGAUGCGGUUGUGCUCAAGGCGCAGAGCGCGUCAUCAGUCUCGGAUCAGACUGCGCCAACCUCAGACCGGCAGUCAAUUGAGAGCCCGGCUACGAGUUUCACAGCGACAGACAGCUUCUCUACCGCGACACCAGAAGUCGAAGCAUACGCGCAAGAGCUUGAGCAGCUCGUGGAGAAUGGCCGAUACCACGAUAUUCCUGGUGCUUUCCAGGCCAUGCUCCGCGCUGGAGUGCAGAAGCCAGCACCAUCCGCGUACCGCGCGCUUCUUACGUCGGCCGUGGAGCUCACCCAUGGCAAGCACCAGAGGGUACCAAAGGCGCUGGAAGUCUACUCGGACAUGCUCAGGAGAAAGGUGGUGCCGGACAUUGCAACUUUUGGCAUUCUCAUCAAUACUUUGGCGCAGCGGGCUAAGGAGGCAACGGCGAUGCGGAAGGGUCUAGAGGAGAAGCUGACAAGAUAUGGUGGACUGGAAGCGCCAGGCAGGUUCAUGUUCGGCUCCACCCAGUCUGAGCACACCAUGCUUCUGGAAGACUCUUCGCUCUCAAUCGCGAUGAGGAUCUUCGACCGCGUGGCGUCGAUGAAGUCUCAGGAGGCCUUGCCUAGCGCGGCAUGCGCUUCUUUGAUCAGCGCCUGUGCCGAGCAAGGCCGUUUGGACGAUAUGGCCCGAGUCUACGAGCACAUGGAGUCGAAGUCGCUAGAGCCGCAUUCGAGCAUCUUCCCACCAAUGAUCACCGCCUUCGGCCAGAUUGGCGACCUCAAGCGAGCGGUCGAGGCAUACGACGGAUACAAGGAGCUGGCCAUUGCGCACAACGCCGGGACGAACACGAUUGUGCGUGUCGACAACCAAAUCUACGCCUCACUCAUUAUGGCCUACGGCUCAGCGGGCAGAUUGAAGGGCGGCUUGAAGUUCUUGGCGAGUGUCCAAGCAGACUUGACCGACGCUGCAGAGGUGGAGGAUCUCCGGGAGAUUGUGGCUUUGCAAGCAUUGCUGCCCCUAGCGCUUAAGGAUCAGACACUCCGCAACGCUUUCGAUUUGACGCUUUCGCUUACUGGACGUGCACUGCACUCGGCCCUUGCGACUAUCUGCAACACCGCAGCCGACAGGAACCUACUGGACGUCAGCGUGAAGGCUUUCGACAUGCUUGCUGCUCAGACUCAGGACCUAGCUCUGCCAGCCACUGCCAUGCUCGCGAUGAACAUUCGCAACGGCAAUGUCGAGGCCGCCGAGCCAUACUGGAGAGUCUUGGAGACGGCACCGGCCACAAUCGCUUUUGUCGAGCCCACGACCAUGCGCACAAUCGCGUUGAUUGGCAUCGGACAAGCAGAGCGCGGCUUGAGACACAGCCGCAGGAUGUUUGGUCGCAUUCGAGACGCGCAGGUGGAGAGCAAGCAAAGUGAAGCUGUCGAGCAGAUCGACGAGGCAAUUGAGCUCAUUGGCAACUUCAUGCUCAGAAGUCAGGCUGUGCAGUCACCUUCGAUCAGCGUCGAGCUUCUGAGGAUGAUGACUGAGAACGGUGCGCUAGUUGCGCCAAUUGCGGACCACAUUGUUGCACGACUCGGAGCAGAUCAGAUUGCUCGCUUGGCACCGGCAGACUUGGAGUUCUUGACACGGGUGCAAGGUGGCAUGAUCCUGGACAGUGCUUCAAUGGCCGACAUUGCUGGCCCUGCUAGAUUUGGCUGCCUCUUGGAGAACAUUGUCUCGCACUCUGUCAUGCCGUCUGCCGAGACUGAUACGCUCAUCGAAAGGACGCUGAUCAACAUUGACCGCUCCGAUCUGUCGAGGCUCUGGAACAACUACCGAUACCCUUCCACCCCGGCCAGCUUCGCAGCGACAGCACUCUCCCCUGUCGCUCCGUACCAGCCUCCAACGCCUUUCCUACACGGUCAGCAAGCGUUCGAUGAGUCGUACGAUCCAUACGCGCACCGCACCGAUGUCAAGGGCUCCAACGCGAUCAACGAGCUGCUCGAGCGCCCCCAAGGUCGCCGCACGCAGGAGGCCCUGACGAAGUUCCGCAACAUGCGCCGUGUUGGCCGUGUACCUCGCAUGUUCACCUACGGGAAGCUGAUUGAGACUGCGGCUAAGGAGCACAACCUUGCGCUCUCGCAUGAGAUCCUUGAGCUAGCGAAGCAGGACGUUCCCUUCGACGCUCGUUACCGCGUUGUCCGGUUCGGCUGGCAGCAGAUUCUCGACCACAUGGUUGCUGGCUGCUUGACCAUCGGCCGCCGCGACUUGGCUGCUCGCUACCACCAGGAUCUCGUCGACAUGGGCAUGGCGCCUUCCGCGAACACCUUCGGCCUCUACAUCACGACUCUCAAGGAGAACACCAAGACCUUCGACGAGGCCUCCGAAGCCGUCAAGAUCUUUCUCCGCGCGAAGAGCGAGGGCGUGGAGCCCUCCUCCUUCCUCUACAACGCCCUCAUCGGCAAGCUCGGCAAAGCGCGCCGCAUCGACGACUGCCUCUUCUACUUCGCCGAAAUGCGCAACCUCGGCAUCCGCCCCACCUCCGUCACCUACGGCACCAUCGUCAACGCCCUCGUGCGCGUGUCCGACGAGAAGUUCGCCGAGGAGAUCUUCGAGGAAAUGGAGUCCUGCUCCAACUACAAGCCCCGCCCUGCCCCGUACCACAGUCUGAUGCAGUUCUUCCUCAGCACCAAGCGCGACCGCGGCAAGGUCCUCGCGUACUACGAGCGCAUGCGCAGCAAGGGCAUCGCGCCGACCGUGCACACCUUCAAACUCCUAAUCGACACGCACGCCACCCUCGAAACCAUCAACAUGGACGCCGCCGAAGCCGUGCUGACCGAAAUGCGCGCCUCCGGCAUCGAGCCCGAAGCCGUGCACUACGCCUCUCUGAUCCACGCGAAGGGGUGCGUACAACACGACAUCCCCGCCGCCCGCGCCCUCUUCGACUCCGUCCUCUCCGCCGCCAAAAUCCGCCCGCAACCCUGUCUUUACCAAGCCUUGUUCGAAUCUCUCAACGCCAACCACCUGGUCCCCGAAUCUGACGCCCUUCUUGCGGACAUGGCUUCGCGCGGGGUGGAGAUGACUCCUUACAUCGCCAAUGCUCUCAUCCACGGCUGGACUUUGGAGCGGAACGUGGAGAAGGCUCAGCAAGCUUUCGAACGCGUCCCUGUGGGACGGAGAGAGCCGAGUACGUAUGAAGCGAUGGUGCGGGCGUAUUUGGCGGGUGAGCAGAGGGAGAGCGCCAAGGGGGUUGUGAGGGAGGCGCUUGGAAGGGGGUAUCCUGCGGCUGUGGCGGGGAAGAUCGCUGAGCUUGUGCGUUGA